AACUAAACGGGUCCGUCUUCGGGUACAAAAGGAAAGAAAAAAAUCUCACAUUUGUGCUCUCUGCUCUCUCUCUCUCUCUUGCUCGCCAUUGUAGACUCCUUCACAAGGCACCCAGAAAUUCCAUUUCCAAAGCCACCAAACGAAUUGGGACCGUGAAGCAUCGUUGGACUGCAAUCGGAGAUCGAAUCGGCGGCAGCGGCUUACGGCAACCUGGGUCGCGAACCGCCGCGGUUCGGGGUUGGAAGGAGUUUUCGAAGCGAUGGAGGGUUUAAGGCAACUGGAGGCUUUGUGUGAGAGGCUGUACAAUUCACAGGACUCAGUCGAAAGGGCUCACGCCGAAAACACUCUCAAAUGCUUUUCGGUGAACAUCGAAUACAUUUCGCAGUGCCAGUACAUUCUCGACAAUGCCAUGACUCCCUACGCGUUGAUGCUGGCUAGUUCUAGCUUGUUGAAGCAAGUCACUGAGCAAAAACUUGCUCUGCAGCUUCGUCUCGACAUCUGGAAUUACCUUAUUAACUAUUUGGCUACUCGAGGACGAGAGUUGCAGCCGUUUGUGACUGCCUCUUUAAUCCAACUCUUAUGUCGACUCACCAAGUUUGGGUGGUUUGAUGAUGAUCGAUUCCGGGAUGUGGUGAAAGAGUCAAUGAACUUCUUGAAUCAGGCAACAUCUGAUCACUAUGCCAUUGGUUUGAAGAUAUUGAACCAGCUCGUGUCUGAGAUGAGUCAGCCUAAUGCGUCUUCCCCUCAAUACACAUCAUUGGAAGUUGCAGUUCUUUUUCAGGGACCAGCACUGGAGUGCUUGGUGCGACUGGCUUCUGUUAGACGUUCUUUGUUUACAAGUGAUCCUGCCCGUUCAAACUAUCUGUCCCAUUUAAUCACAGGAACCAAAGAAAUCCUACAAACUGGGCAAGGUCUUGCUGAUCAUGAUAAUUACCAUGAAUAUUGUCGUCUUCUUGGACGAUUCCGAAUGAAUUAUCAGUUGUCUGAGCUUGUGACUGUGGAAGGCUAUAGUGACUGGAUACGUUUAGUAGCAGAAUUCACUUUAAAGUCUUUGCAUUCCUGGAAGUGGGCCAGCAGCAGUGUAUACUACCUUUUAGGACUAUGGUCUAGAUUGGUGACAUCUGUACCAUACUUGAAGGGUGAUGCACCCAGCAUGCUCGAUGAAUUUGUUCCUAAGAUUACUGAAGGUUUCAUCACAUCAAGAUUUAACUCCGUGCAGGAUGGAUUGCUUGAUGAUCUUUCUGAGAACCCUUUAGACAACGUUGAACUUCUUCAAGAUCAGUUGGAUUGUUUUACACAAGUCUGUAGAUUCCAGUAUGAAAGCAGUAGCUUGUAUAUAAUAAACAUAGUGGAGCCUCUUUUGCAAGUCUACACGGAAAGAGCUCGAGUUCAGACCAGUGAUAACAGUGACCUCUCUGUUAUUGAAGCGAAACUUGCUUGGAUUGUUCAUAUAGUUGCUGCAGUUCUCAAGAUAAAACAAAGUACUGGGUGCAGUGCCGAGUCACAAGAAGUACUUGAUGCAGAACUUUCAGCUCGCAUCUUGCAGUUAAUAAAUGUCACUGACAGUGGGCUACACAGCCAGAGGUAUGGUGAAACAAGCAAGCAAAGACUUGAUCGUGCAAUUCUUACCUUUUUUCAACAUUUUCGGAAGUCUUAUGUGGGUGACCAGGCCAUGCAUUCUUCGAGGCAGUUAUAUGCUCGCCUUUCUGAGCUUCUGGGACUUCAUGAUCAUCUUUUGAUGUUAAAUGUCAUUGUUGGCAAGAUUGCUACAAACCUGAAAUGUUAUACGGAGAAUGAGGAGGUCAUUGGUCACACCCUGAGCUUGUUCUUGGAGCUGGCGUCUGGAUACAUGAGUGGCAAGCUACUCUUGAAGUUGGAUACUGUCAAAUUUAUACUUGCCAAUCAUACUAGGGAGCAUUUCCCUUUUCUGGAAGAGUAUAGGUGUUCUCGCAGCAGAACAACUUUCUAUUACAUAAUUGGCUGGUUAAUAUUCAUGGAAGACAGCCCUGUCAAAUUUAAAUCUUCCAUGGAUCCACUUUUGCAAGUUUUCGCCAAUCUGGAAUCAACUCCUGAUUCAAUGUUUCGUACUGAUGCUGUAAAGUAUGGACUAAUUGGGUUGAUGAGAGACCUUAGAGGAAUUGCCAUGGCCACAAAUAGUCGCAGAACUUAUGGCUUUCUGUUUGAUUGGUUGUAUCCUGCACACAUGCCCCUUCUUUUGAAAGGAAUCUUGCACUGGUCCGAUACACCAGAGGUGACCACCCCUUUGUUGAAAUUCAUGGCUGAGUUUGCAUUCAACAAAGCCCAACGCUUGACUUUUGAUUCAUCUUCUCCUAAUGGAAUACUUCUUUUUCGAGAAGUCAGUAAAUUGAUUGUUGCGUAUGGGUCAAGGAUUUUGUCUCUUCCAAAUGUUGCGGAUAUAUAUGGCUUCAAAUACAAGGGAAUUUGGAUUUCUUUAACUAUUCUUACAAGAGCUCUUGCUGGAAACUAUGUCAACUUUGGGGUGUUUGAGCUAUAUGGUGAUAGAGCGCUUGCUGAUGCACUUGAUAUUGCACUGAAGAUGACAUUAUCAAUUCCUUUGGCUGAUGUAUUGGCAUUCCGCAAGCUGACAAAGGCCUAUUUUGCAUUCUUGGAGGUUUUAUUCAACAGCCAUAUAGUGUAUAUAUUGAAUCUGGAUACCAGUACUUUUAUGCAUAUAGUUGGGUCCCUUGAGUCUGGGAUUAAAGGUUUCGAUGCAGGCAUUGCAUCACAGUGUGCAUCAGCUGUUGAAACUUUGGCUGCUUUCUACUUCAACAACAUAACCAUGGGUGAGGCACCCACAUCACCUACUGCGGUCAAUCUUGCUCGUCACAUUUCAGACUGCCCCAACUUGUUUCCAGAAGUACUGAAGACGCUGUUUGAGAUUGUUUUAUUCGAGGAAAGUAACAACCAGUGGAAUUUUAGCAGACCAAUGCUGAGCUUGAUACUUAUUAAUGAGCAGAUAUUCUCCGAUUUGAAAGCUCAUAUCUUAGCUUCACAGCAAGCGGAUCAACAUCAACGGCUUUCCCAGUGUUUUGACAAGCUUAUGGUGGAUGUUACUAGAAGCUUGGAUACAAAGAACAGGGACAAGUUUGCCCAAAACUUGACGGUAUUCAGGCGUGAUUUCCGGUUGAAGUAACUAUGAAUUGUACGUCCAGAAGAUUUUAGACGAAUAGUUUGCCGCAUACUUCUAACUGAAAAAAGAAUGGAAACUCUACUGGGAAAAAAAGGAGCUAAGUUUGAAGUUCUUGGGCUGGUGUAACCGGAAACUGCAGCAGACUUUCUUUGCGGUGGCAGUAUCGUUAUUGCAGUACGUGACGAGGAACGAUACGGACGUUUGCCUUACUGGUGGUUUGUAGAAGAUAGCGGUGGGGUUUGACAUGUAGAAAAUGGCCAGUUCUAAUAUUAGUAAACCAAUUCUUUUAGAAAAAAGGGUGUAUAUCUUGUCAAGUUUUAUGUUUGGGGAUGUAUGGUCAGUUGUAAGUUGAUCUUCUGUACAUUAACGUUUACAUAUUCUUUGUAUUUGUUGAUAAUAGGGGAAAGAAAAAUAGGUUUAAAGGAUUGUUCUUGACUCUUGGAUCUCCAUUUUCGUUCUCAGCAUUUUCCCGUUCCGCAUGGGGUGAAUAGAUAUUUGAAUUUGUCAAUGUUGUCGAUUAACUUGUUGUUUGAUAAUGGGACACUCGAUAUGUCAUUAAUUUGUCUUUCAUAUUA